AUGGCAUGCCCGGCUCUUAAACACGGGAACCUCGUUUUGCAAGAUGGUUCUGAUGUCAAAAUGCUGUGGCAGAGUUUUCAGCACCCUUCAGAAUCGCUCUUACAGCAGAUGAAAUUGAGCAGUGAUCAAAGUACGGGUGAAAAGGUCGUGUUAAAAUCAUGGAGAAGCCCUUCUGAUCCAUCAGUCGGAAACUUUUCGGCGGGGGUUGAUCUCCAAACUGUCCCGCAAUUGACCGUGUGGAAUGGUAACUACAAAUACUGGCGUAGUGGUCCAUGGGACAAUCAGGUUUUCACUGGAGUAGAAUCCAUGACUUCUACUUAUCAAAGUAGGGUUAUUGUUGAUGAUGACAACGAAGGAAGUGUAACCAUGUCCUUCACUUUUGUGGAAGGUAUGACCUCAUUCUUUCGCCUCAAUCCAGAUGGAAGUCUAGUGCAGAUAUAUUGGGCAGAAGAGAAACAAGAUUGGGAAGUCACCUGGUCGAGUCUAGAAACUGAGUGUGGAGUUUAUGGCAAGUGUGGCCCAUUUGGAAGCUGCAAUUCAAGGACGCCCCAAAUUUGUACCUGUUUGCCAGGAUUUGAGCCUGCACACGAAGAUGCAUGGAAACGAGGGAACUUCAGUGGCGGGUGUGUGAGGAGGUUGCUUUUGCAGUGUGAGGGAAUGGAACUGAAGCUCACAACAAUGAAGUUGCCAGACUUCCAAGAGCUAUCAGACGUUCCAGAAAAUAAGUGUGAAAGCCAGUGUGUGAAUUAUUGUUCCUGCGCAGCUUAUACCUAUCUCAACGGCAUUGGUUGCAUGAUUUGGAAAGGAAAUUUAAUUGAUUUGCAGAAAUUUGACAACGGUGGGGCAGAUCUUUACAUUCGUCUUGCAUCUUCAGAGCUAGAUAAUGAGAGGAAAAAGCGCACAGUAAUUGCAAUUUCAGUGAGCAUCGGGUCAAUUAUCAUGACCAUGUGUGCUUACUUUACAUGGAUGAGGUUGGUUAACCAUAGAGGAAUGGAGAAGUUGAGAAAGGUGCCAUUAUUUCGUAAUUACUCAGAAUUUCAGGAAAAUUCAACAGAAGUCAUUCAAGAAAUUACUGCGAGAGAUGUUAAACUCAAAGAACUACCACUGUGCAAGUUUGAGGAGCUGGCAUUAGCAACGGGCAACUUCAAUUUGACCAAUAAACUUGGGCAGGGUGGUUUUGGCCCUCUUAAUUCUCCUACAUCAAAACUUCAUGGCUAUAUGGCUCCUGAAUAUGCAAUGCAAGGGAGAUUUUCAGAGAAAUCAGAUGUAUUCAGCUUUGGGGUGUUGUUAAUAGAGAUUGUCAGUGGGAAAAGAAACACUGGCUUUUAUAACAACGAACAAGCACUCAGUCUUUUGGGACUGGCAUGGAGAUUGUGGAAUGAAGACAAAAUUGUGACUUUUAUAGACCAAAGAAUUUCUUAUCAAGGCUUUGAAAGUCAAAUCUUGAGAUGCUUACAUGUUGGUUUGUUAUGUGUGCAAGAUUUUGCAGCAGAUAGACCAACAACUUCCAAGGUUCUUUCAAUGCUAAGUAGUGAAACUUCUGCACUUCCCUCACCAAAUCAACCUGCAUUUACUGAGAGACAUGCCUCAUCUAGGACUAGUUCUUCUGAACCAAGCCAUCAAAGAUGUUCUGUGAAUGAUGUUACUGUUACAGUUCUUCGGGGCCGAUAA